AUGAAGUCUCUUGCCGCUCAGCUCGCCGAGUUUGACAACCCUGCGCCAAUAGAUUAUGAUCCAGAUGAAAUCGGCGAAACAUUUCAUGAUAAUGGGUUUUUGGAUCAAACCAAUGACUAUGAUAAUGAUCAUGACGGAUAUGGUGGAAGCAAAAGUAAUCGUGUUAAUGUUAAUAAGAAUGAGGGGAAAGAGCAUUAUGUAGAUGUUGGUAAAAGCUCUCUUCGUCAGAACUUAUUGGACGAUCCAAAGUAUGUGGGCAAGAAGAUUAAUAGAAAGGAUCUUUUUAGUGAUAUUCCAGGUGUGGAUGAAUAUAUGAAUAUAGACGAACAAGAUGAAGAUGAUAUCAUUAAUGAUAAUCAAAAAAAUCUUUCUUCAAAUAUUCGGUUUAAUUCCUUGGAUAAGGAGAAAGAAGUAGAAGAAAAAGAGUAUGAAGAUUCGGAAAAUGAUUUUUCGGAUAAAGUUUCUGAGCAAAGUUUCGAGACUCCGAAUCAAUCAAAUAGUAAACAAGUGAAAAAUGCAAAGUUUGAUACGGAAAAACAUGAUGCAGAUAUAAUUGCUGACGAAUCUAUACAAAAAGAAUUGAAGAAAAUCGAAGAUGAUGAACGGAACCUAUUAAAAAAAAUAUCACAAAGUGCCAAAGCGGACAUCACAAAAGGACAACAUGUUAAAUCCCAAAUUGGAUUUUGGGAUAAUUUAUUAGACAUACGGAUAAAGCUGCAGAAAUCUGUGACUAUAUCGAAUUCCUUGCCACAGCAUACUACAUAUCCCCUAUUCGUAACGUCACCUAAAGUACAAUUGGCAAUCAAAGAAACCAAAAGUGAGUUAUGCGAAUUGGUCGAUUCGCUAAUAAAACUGAGCAAGGACCUCUGUCGUGAUAACGAAAGCGUUAAACUCCCAGAACAUGCAGCAAACAGUCGAAAACGUCGCCUAGGAAACGAUGACGACGAUGAUAGCAAUUACACAGAUUAUUUAUGGACCGACAUAAAAACAAUACACGAAAAUUUCAAACCUUUUCGCACGGAAACCAUCGAAAAAUGGAACAAUAAAGUACAAAUUGCCUCCGGAAUCCCACUAAAUAAGAAAUUUAAGGCGAUCAAUCAGAGCGUUAAUAAUCAGAUCGAACAGGUGUUGCAUGAUCACGAGAGACUUGUGAAGCGGACGCAGUUGAUGAGAGGGGAUUAUAAAAUUCUUGGAAAGCAACAACAGACAGAACCGUCAAGAUCGGUAUCCUCAGCAUCAAACAUGAAUAUUGAAGGACAAGACGACCAUUUGUCGAAUUACGAUCCUGAGAUUUUCGAUGACACCGAUUUCUAUCAACAAUUGUUACGGGAGUUGAUUGAAAAUAGAAUGAUUGAUACUGAUGAUCCUAUCGCAAUAGGGAUGCGGUGGGCAGCAUUAAAACAAACGAAACAAAAGAAAAAACAAGUGGAUAAUAAAGCUAGUAAAGGACGUCGAUUACGAUACCACGUUCACGAAAAACUCGAAAAUUUCAUGGUCCCAAUUCCAACUGGAACUUGGCACGAGGAUAUGAUUGAUGAGUUAUAUGCGUCUUUACUAGGCAAAAAGUAUAACAUCAACAGUAACAACGCAAUAUUUAAUCCCGAAAAAGAAACAGUUAAAUUAAACGCAGUCGAAACAAAAGAUGCUUCUUCGAUAGAGAAAGGAGUAAAUGGAUUAAGAAUCUUUAGUUAA